AUGUCAACAAAAGCCACGAAGAUACUUAUCCUGCUUCUUCUUCUUUUCCCCGCGGUGUCCCAGGCUGCUGCAGUGUCAGACACUGUGACGUGUCGGAAGACCAAGGGCGAGUGUUCGUUCCUGCUGUGUCCCUUGUUUAAGAGAGCCACCGGUACCUGCUACAAUGGACUGGCAAAGUGUUGCAGGCCCUUAUGGCAGGAGGAGGCCAUGCAGCUCCUGCUUCAGGGGACCCGCAAAAUUGGCCCCAUGGACUAUAGCCCGGAAAUGGCCAAAUUUGUAGUCCCACAGCGA